CACAUGCACAAACACUGACAAGGGCUAAGUCCUGCUAUGACUGCCAUAAACAUCAUGGAGAAAAGCUCCCCUGUUUCUUUGGACAUCACAGGGCCUGAGCAGCCCAAACUGGAAACUAGUUUAGAACUGGACUCAGCAGCAAAUAUUGACCCCAUAGAGCAAAAGCAGGAUGAGGAAGAGGAGAAAGAAGUGCAAAGCUUCACUGGAGAUGAUGCAAAAAGGCAAAGCUUGGAUCCAGAGUGGGUGGAGGAGAGGUUCAGGAUUGACAGGAAGAAGCUUGAAACCAUGCUGUAUGCUCCGGAACACGGAGGAGAGACAGGAGAAAAGUUUUUCGAGCGAGUAAUGAGAGAAACUAGCACUCAGGUGAAAUGGCCGUCCAAACUAAAGAUUGGAGCCAAGUCAAAGAAAGACCCUCACGUGAAGGUGGAAGGGAAGAGAACUGACGUUAUGGCAGCCAAAAAGAAGAUACUAGAAGUGCUGGAAACCAAGGUGAACAAGGUGACUCUGAAGAUGGACGUGGCUUUCACAGAACAUUCCCAUGUCAUUGGAAAAGGAGGUGGGAACAUAAAGAAGGUGAUGGAAGUCACAUGCUGUCACAUCCACUUCCCCGACUCGAAUCGUCACAACGCUGCAGGAGAGAAGAGCAAUCAGGUUUCUAUCGCUGGCCCCAUAGAAGGGGUGGAAGAAGCCAGGAGGAGGAUAAGAGACCUUCAGCCUCUCUCUCUGACCUUUGACCUGCCAGUCAGCCUGGUACCCCAGGCUCUGCCAGAUGCAGGCUCCCCACUCAUCCAACAGGUGGCGCAGACUUUGGGGGUCAGUGUGGGUUUCAGGCCUGUGCUGCCACUGCCCCAAGCCCAGACAGCCUUUUACGGAAGCUCCUGCACAGUUUGGGGACUGCAAGGCAACGCAGCUGCUGUCAAGAAGGCGACGUGCAUCCUGAUGGAGCUCCUGCUUGGGUCAGAGGCCCCAGGGGGGAUUGUGAGCAGUCAGCUGGAUGUCACCGCUCAGCAGCAUCUCUUCCUGCUGGGACAAAAUGGUGCAAACUUUCUAAGUGUUAUGCACAAGACGCAGACCCAGAUCGUUCUUCCAGACCUUAGUGCCCCUCAAAGUCCCCCCUCAUUGCUCAUUCAGGGCAGCCCUGACGGAGUGUGUCUCGCUCGGCAACAGCUCAUGGAUUGCCUACCAGUGUGUUUGAUGUUUGACAUUCGGGAAGACGGGGAGGGAGGCCCUUCCAAACUGGCUCAGAUGAUGCAAAACCUCGGAGUCUUUAUUAGCGUCAAGCCCAAAGUGAAACAGACAAGCAAGUCAGUGGUGGUGAAGGGUCUGGAAAGGAACAUCUCCUGCAUUUAUGAAGCCCGGCGUCUGCUCCUAGGACUUGAUUCCUCUGAGACUGCCAAGAUAACUACAGUGAACCCUGACCUCAUGUCACCCGAUGGUAGACUGGCAAACUACUGGCUCGACAUGUUGCUGCAGCAGCUUGCUCUCUCUGAACAGGGCUCUGCACCUGUUCAAACCACAGAGGUGCUGACUGGAACUAAAUCCCACCUGUCAGCUCCACCAGGCCUCACUUCUCCAACAGAUGAGGGCAGGACAGGACUGAAGGGAACAGACAGUCGGCAACUGGAAAAGAUCCUUGAAAGUGAGAAUCAGUCUGACCAAUCUGAGGAGGAGAGCAUUGAGGUUGUGAGGAUGCCACCAUCUGAGGUGUGCAAAGCAGGAAACAACAACAACAUCAGCAGGGUGGGUCAGAAUGGUAGGAGGGGGAGUCUCCAAGGCCCAGAAAUCAGCAAAACACACAGCCAGGGCAGACGGCAUUCCACAGGGCAGGCGCUGACAUACAGGUUGGUGAACGCAGAGACAGAGCGAGGGUGGAGUGAGCGAAGGAACAGCCUGAGAAGAGAUGCUCCUCGGGCUCAAAAUGUUCACACUGACUCAUCUAAGGCUGGGGAUUAUGACUAUGAGAAGAAGAAACUGAUGGCAACAAGAGCCAUGCAGAGGAAACCUGUGGUCACAGAGGUUCGGACACCCACAGACACCUGGAGUGGGCUUGGAUUUUCCAAGUCUAUGCCAGCUGAAGCAAUCAAGGACCUCCGUAGCGUCAGCCGACGCAGCUACAAACCUUAUCUGAGUGGCAACACCAAUCAGCAGCAGUCUUGGGCUACUCAGAAGGGAAAAAUGUGUCUCGGUAGCGACUCAGAGAACUGGAGGGACAGACGUGGAUCCACAUCUCAGAUUGUCUCCUCGUCUUCCCCCUCUUCCUCGUCUCCAUCCUCCCCCUCCUCAUCUCCACCUGGCUUCCCUUCCUUUUCUGUGUUUUCAUCCUCAAUGAACAGAAGCAGAAAUGACAAGUCAUGCGAAAACUCUGUUGGCGGAUGUUUCUUCGAAGGUGCGUUCUCUGCGAGGAGGGAGUCAACCUGCAGUCAGCGAAGCCCCUCCCCCCUCGUGACGGACGACUUACCUGAGCUGCUCUGCGAACUUGGGCUAAUCAAAUACAUUGACCUGUUUGAACAACAGGAGAUUGACUACCAGACAUUUCUCACUCUGUCUGACGAGGACCUGAAAGAAAUAGGGAUCUCCACUUUUGGAGCCAGACGUAAAAUGAUAUUAGCUAUCUCAGAUCUGAACAAGAGCAAAACGAGUCUGUCGGAUACACAACCAGUGAAGCCCGGCUACCUGGAAGGUGGCGCAAGUGGUAGACUUCCACACAUCCUGGAUCUGGAUGUUGCAGUUCAGAGUAACCGCUGGUGAGAGGAGUCGGCAGCUUUUAAAUACAUCGCAAUGCUGCCAGAGGAAAAAGUUCCUUCACUGCUGUUUAUUGACAAGAAACUGAGAAACAAGAUGCAUCCUGUACACGUUAUACCCAGUGGUUUAUUUCAACAACAAUAUUUCAAAGCUUUUUGUGUUUUUGUAUGACUCGAAACAAAGAGGCAUUCCCCACAAAUAGCCUUUUGUAUGUUUGGGGUGUUGUUUUUACCCAUUUUUGUAUGCAGCUGCAAAUUGAUAUUUCCAAAAGGAAAUGACGUUAGUGAUUAGGAAAAUCCUGGAGUAAAAGCGUAUUUGGUCAAUGGCUGUUUUAGUCAAGCAUAUUCAUACAAAAACUAUUGUAUAUGAAAGGCAAAGUUUAGCUUCAUUUAUUUCUUUGGCAUUCAAGGUUAAAUAAUGUUUUUUUAAGAGGCAUAGAAGUGAAAGCAUGCCACUAGAGGGCAGUGGUGUCCCGCUGUCUUAAUGUCUGUGCUGUAUGAAAAAUUAUGGCUUUGUUUUUCACAUUAGUAUUAGCUUUACAAUCCCAGGUGAAUAAGGUUUUAAUUUUAAAAUGUACCUCAGCAACAAUGAGAACAAGAAAAAAGGGGGGCAGGCGGGAGGAAUCUGAAACCUCAGUCACUCCAAGUUCAGCUGAUUUAAUUUUAAUUUAUCAUUAGUUAUUUAUCAGCAUACUAUUGCACCCAAGUCUGCUUUGUCAAACUAGUGUAAUUUACAAAUUUUAUUACGUUUUCUUGGAUUUUUAAGGACCCUCUGCUUGCAGGCACAAGGAGGUCUUGAUCUGCUCAGAUGCUUCACAGCCUGGCUGGUUCAGUGGCAGCCAAGCAUGAAACACAGAGAGAGAGUGACAGGAAGUGUUGGGCUGUGACAGAUUAGGUAGAGAUGAUCCCUACUUAUUACAAUGUCUCUGCCAAUUACAUAGGCAGGCUUUAAAGCACCGAUCCACAAAUCUGGUCCUUGGGCUCUAGAGAACUGCUGGAUUUUUAUCCUGCCGGUUAGUUAAUUGCGUUCCCCUGAGGUCACAGGUCUAAAUCAGUCUGUGAUCGCACGGCUAGAAUGAAAACUACCAAGGAAAAAAUGAGCAGUGCUUUGAACCCCGACAAGUGAGCCACUUGGACAUUUCACUUGAGAAGUGGCAAUCUGGGAACGUGACAAGGCUGCAUGGUGUAAAUGAAAAGCAUUGCCCUGAGCGGAAGAGUCACAGCUUCUCUUGGGUUUUACUCAGGUCAGGUUUGUUACUCAAAAAAAAUUUAUAUAUCUUUUUAAAGUUCAUAUAUUUUUUUUUAGGUUAUGGGAUCUUUCCAGUCAUUAUUUCAUUUGCUAGGAGAAGAUUACUCAUAAGACAUAAUAGGGAGCAUAAAUUUUCACAUACGCUAUAUGUGUCAUAACUUUCACACAUUUUUGUCUACAUAAAGUUUUCUUAAAGGGUCUAAAAGUUUGAAACACACUGAAUUAUUGUUGUACACACAACAAUGUGUUCUGUAAAACAUAAACACGUAUUUUAUAAAUGAAAUAUGUCUUAUAAAGACGUAGAUGCUCAUUUAGGUGAAACAAUAAAAGACAGAUUCCCAAAGGACCCAAAUGUAGGACAACAUUGGGUGAGAUUCAUUAAACUGAAAAGAGUGAGUUCUUGUUAGCUACUAAAACAGUAUUAUCUAUUCAAAACACUUUCUCUCACAAGAUAAUUAGACAAAUCUGGUGCAUAGUCUCCACUUCAAGGGAAAGAGCAAAAGUUUGAGAGUCAGAGCACACCCCAAAGAAAUCAACAUCCGUACCGUUUAGACAAUUACUCUCAGAUGUGAGGAAUCGUAAUGUUUUAGAGGUCUUCAUGUGAUUAAAACUACAUUAUGGAACAAAAUUUAAAAAUUGUAAAUUUUAGAAAAACCUUUGUUUUUUUUCGUAUAGAAAAUCUGUCAGUGUGUCUGUUGCUGUGUUCUCUAGGAGCUGUAAGGAGGAUAUAGAAGCUCGAGGCUCGUUGAUUAACCCCUUAAAGCCAUAGAAACCAGAGAUGUGUGUUAUUUCUUCUUGUAAAUUUAUGAAUGACUUGUUGCGCUUCAUGUACAAUAACUUUGUGAGAAUUGAAGGUAUUUAUAGCUUUCAUAAGUAAGUGUAGCUGAGUUGAUGUUCAUGCAACACUCAGCUUCAACCUCAAGGGACAUAUUGCCAACAAAGUUAUUAUAUUAGCUCAUAUUCUAGUUAAAGACUUCACACUCAGUGAUUUUUUUUUUUUGUCCUGGCUGAAGGAGGCUGAUAUCAGAUGUCCUUUUUUAGACUUCAACUGAAUGCCUGACAACCUUGUUUAAAUUUUUUUUUCAAUAUUACAAAUACUGAAUAUCAGACAGAAAUAAAUAUAACUGGGCUAUAACUGAGCUACAAUCCCAUCAGGAUUAAAUGGAAAUGUUUUAAAAAAAAACAAUUCAAGGCUUUGACGUCUUUAAAGCGCACAGAACAAUAACCAAUAAUGAAAGAAGAAUACUAACUCCCAUUAAAAAAAACAACACUGUCAAAGCAUCACCUGUCUCCAUAGGUUUUGGGAUUGUUUGGAGGAUCCACCCAGCAUGCGGGCCAUGUGUGGACAAUAACGAAGGAGCUAAUAGAGAAAUGAAACAGAGCAACGAAGCACCCUGAGGAUAAAACAUAACCACAUAUUUCCCUUACUGUGAUGAAGAUGGAACUCACUCCAGGAAAGUGAGGAGAGCAGGAAAAGAAAAUAGAAACUGUAAUAAGAGAGUGAGAAUGAAUGUGUGUGUCAGAGUAUGUGUGAGAACAACAGGAAGGAUUUGAACAUUGCAACAGAUGUGUUGCUGAAAAAAAUUGGAUACCAAAUAAUUAAAAGAGGUAAUAAUAGGAGUUUAAAAUAUGUGAAUGUCAUCAAAUUACCUCUUGCUGUUAUAAUUCUUACUCAAACCAUCAAUAUGACUUCAGAAUGUAGAUUCCAGCAGCUCGAAGGUUUUUAAUUAAAAUAAGAUUGAAUGUUAAAAAUGUCUGGACAUAAAUCUACUUUUAAAUGAAAGAAUAAUAAAAUGCUUGUCUAAAUUAGGAAGGAGAGAGGGACCAUGGGUGUUUGUUGCGAAAUAAAUUUUCUCAAGUAGUGACUUAAGGAUAUUGCAACUUAGGUCAACAGUAAGUUUACAGAAACAGAACAAAGAUUGCUGCAUUUUGUCAUAAAUUUGAGAAACUAACAAAAAUAUAGCUGUAGCACUAGAAAAUAUGAAUACAUCUUGAGAUAGUAAUUUCCCUUUCUGUUCUUGCAAUUGUUUAUUGACGUUGGACAUGAUGCAAUCAUUUAUUAAAGUAAAUAGUACAGUGACUGUGUUUAGUAGUUUUCAAUAUGGAUAAAUUCUUAAUGGUGUUAACUAGCUCAUGAUCUAAUGGAAUAAACCUUUAUGCAUCCAGGUUUACGCCUGUGGAUAUUUAAGACCAAGGAUGUCCCGACUAAAUCAGAUUCUCAACCCAAAGCCCAACAAGGCUUUUGGAAAUGAUCCAAAUUGUCCCAAACUAAACUCAGCCAAUGGUACCUGUUGCUUGACUAUUGUCUUUGAUAACUUUUGUGACACCCCUAGCAGGACCUGUACCCAAUUUAAACAAAGCAAUCUAUGUAUUUCUAUAUGCACGACUUGCAAAAAAUAAGUUCUAUGAAAAGUCUGAUAAGUGUUGGUGAAAAACAAAUAA